UCAGAUGUCAAAGUUUACAUUGAGCUUAGAGCGUACCUACUUCAAGUUUUUGCACAAUAACUAGAUUGAAUGUCUCAUGAUUUGAGAUAAACCAAUAGGUACUAGCGUAAUUACGAUUUAUCAACCAUUAAAAACUAAUAAUUUGCAAUAAAAGUUUGAUGGAUCCGUGGGGCUGCGAAGUUGUAAGCGAGUCUAAAGUAUCUGCAUUUGAGGAUAAUUUCAAGCCCUCGGAAGUGUUCGAGAAACUGUCAGAUUCCGCAGAGUAUCUCGCUAUUUUAGAAAGAAAACUGAAGGCUGUCAGAUCUAAGAACAAAGUUGUUGAGAACUUAGCUGCCUAUAGAGCUGACUGUCUCAAUCGUCUACUACGAGAAGGCUGCGACCUUGACCCUGUUAUAGGAGACACUGAAGACGAGAAACUGCUCCAGGAGUAAAAUAAUUAGUUAAUAAUCUUGUAAGUAAUAAUGGCAUCCUCAUCAUGUAGCAUUGAUCUGUCGGGGCCCACUUACUGCAUUGUAUCAGGGGCUUCGCAGGGUAUCGGUCGAGCAAUUGCUGCAGAAGUGGCAAAGCUGUUAGGGCCAAAGUCUCUUAUGUUGCUAUUAGCGCGUAAGGCUGAUGAAUUGGCCAAAACUGCUUCCAUGUGCCAAUCCGAUAAUGUCAAAGCCAUCUACAAAUCAAUUGAUUUGGGUAAAGCAUCAACUAAAGAGAUGAAUGAUGUUAUCGUUAAUUCUCUUGAAGGUUACAAAGUAACAGAUUUUGCAACUUGUUUAAUUUUCCAUAAUGUUGGCUCUCUGGGUAACUUGGCUAUCGAGACGGCAAGAAUCGAAGACUCAAAUGAACUCGCACAAUACUACGACCUUAAUGUAUUUAAGGUUAUAUCUUUGAAUACGCAAUUUUUAAAGAUUUUUGAGGCUGUUGAGGACAGGAUUAUUAUUGUUAAUAUAACAUCGUUGUGCGCUAUCAAGCCAAUGAGUGGUAUGGCUUAUUACUGCAGUGGUAAAGCUGCUAGAGAGAUGUAUUUCAAGGUGCUUGCUGAAGAGAAGAAGCACAUUAAGGUACUAAACUACUCCCCGGGGCCCGUAGAGACAUCUAUGAUUGACUAUGUAUUAACUGAAGCAGUAAAUGAUAACCUAAGGGAUGUAUUUACAUCAUUCAAAAAUCAGGGAGUUUUACUAAAGCCUGAUAUGACGGCUCGGAAAUGUAUGAAAGUACUCCAAGCUGGAAAGUUUACACCCGGAGAGCAUGUUGAUUAUUUCGAUGAUGAAUAAAGUAAAACUAAUUUAACACAUUUAAUGCUUACCGCGGUUUGAAAGUGUAAUAUAAUUGUAGAGCAUUGAAUGUGUUAAAACCCGACUUAAUGAUUCUCUUUAAUCAUCAUGUUCUAUGGCUUAGAAAUUGUCUUUUAAAUGUGCUAUAUAACUAACUUUGAAUGUAAUCAUUUCUUAUGCUUAUUAUAUGUAACUAACAUUCCUAUAUAAAUUACUUAAGGCUUUACGGGUUCUUGAAUUUUGGCUUGUAACAUGUGGUAGAUAAUUCUCAAUCAAUCUCUUUACAUUGAUGUCAUUUAAUUUAUGACUGUAAAUUAAAAAAGUUGUUUAAAGAAAAAAUUUUACAUUAUUGGAAUUGUUCAAAUUGUUUUCAAGUCAAAGUUUAACAAUACCUAUUUAAUAUGUAGUAUUUAAAAUAUUCUAUUCUUCAUGUUUCAAAUAGAAAUUUGCGUGAUCAUGAAUUCGAUCUGUCGAAAGUCGCUAAAAAGAGUACAGAUUCCAACAACAAAAAAUGUUUGCUAAAUUUUUUCACCUCAAGGCAUUUUUAAAAACAUUGAAAAUCUGUUUUAUUGACACUUCCUUUUUUCGAUUUGACAGCUGUGACGUCACAAUAUGGCGACGGUUCAUGCACAUUGUUAUUUGAAACGUAAAUCUAUGAAUGCAAUUCAUAUUUACAAUAAAAACUUGCAAAUCAA